AAUAUUUACUAUAUAUUAUAACAACUGCGCCGGGUCAUAAUCAGAAGUAGUAAGCUAAUAGACCCAAUCAGGCCGAAUAUUAACAAAACAAUGUUUUUUACCAAUCACUUUUUGUCUACUGUUCUAGUGCUAUUAUCCCACCUUGCAGCUCUAGUAUAUUUAAAACCCACAAAUGCUAGUGAUGCUGACUUGCCAAGUAAAACUAUGGUGGAAUCCAGAGCAGGAAUAACCGACUUAUUAAACCCUAUAAACAUUUUAAACAAUUCUUCGCCUACCUCGAACAUUUUGAGCAAUAAUCCGAUAUCCAACGCAUUAAUGAACGGAUCUUCAGAAGCUCUACAGUCCCAAAACGAACUUCUCAAAGAUGUAAAACUGUUCUUUGUUACUGUGCAGGGAGCCGUGAUGCCGGCAAGUACUUUAACAGGAGGUCUCACCAAUUUCGUACAAGGAUUGGGCAACAUGGGCAAUUUAUUUGGGAAUUUGGGACAGGGAAUACAGAAUUUAAGUCCCUUGGGUCAGAUCGGACAAGGAUAGAUUAUAAACAUUAUGGUCAGAAACUCUCUAUAUAUGAUUUAAUAAAUUAUGAAGUAUUUA